AACCUGCCAUCAGUAGAAACACCUACCACUUUUUCGUUCUCCAUUGCCCCAGUACCCAUCAUUGUUGCAGGCAAUUAAUCACGGAACAAAGCCGCUGGGAAGACCUUUAUCUUAUCGAAGCGUAUCAACCCUUUAAAAAUAUCCGUAUACAACAAUAAUAACCACCAAGUAUCUGCCGUCGUCGCGUCGUGAUAGGUGCCCAUACACGCCAGUGCUAGCAGCGAACUGGGGCCCAAUGGACCUGCUCAACGUUCUCAAGUGCCGAUUGGAGAUUGUUGACGAUUCGAUUACCACCCGGCAGCUGAUAGACGAGUUGGUUUCCUGCGGUCCGCUGGACGCUCCAGUUCACUUGACCGAGCUGGACAACGUGGUCAAACGUCACUACCAAUGGGUUCGUCAGAUGCCGGUGGUGCAUCCGUUUUACACCGUCCGGAGCAACAACGACACUCGGAUUUUGGGAGCCACGGUACUGCUGGAUUGUGGUUAUGUUUGCACAUCCAAGGUGGAGGCGAUGCAGGUUCUGGAACUGGGGGUUGACCCCGAGUGGAUUCUGUUGAAGAGCGUGGCGGACAAUGAAGAUCUUUUGAAGUUUGCUCGACGGAAACGUUUGCUGGUCACGUUUAGGGAUGAACAGGAACUAAGGAGUAUUCAUCGCAGUUAUCCGGAAGCAGAGUUACUAAUAAACUUUGGUUAUGAACUAGAUCCAAGUCUAGAGCACGAUUCUCAAAUAGAAACCCAUGAACUCCUGAACCUUGCUAAGGAACUCGGAAUGGAUGUCAUAGGUUGGAGCUUCGAAUCAACGACUAGUCAUAGGGACCAAGACAUAAUGUAUGAUGUCGUUCGAAAAGGGCGAGAAAUCACUGACUUCGCCAUGAUCGUUGGGUUCGAUUUCAAUUUCAUCAAUCUAGGUAACGGGAUUCCGGAAUGCCAAGACCAAGACUUGUCGCAGUAUGCCACCCAGGUCAAUCGAUCGCUGCAAGAGUUCUUCCCAGAUCGUCGUAACUUCACGAUAGUGGCCGAAUCGGGAUCUUUCCACUGUGCUGCAGCUGUGACGGCAAUCAGCACUGUCAAUGGCAAACGAAUCUUCUGGCAUCCGGAGUUUCCGUCGCAAAUUGAUAGGGUGUUCUACUAUUUGAACCAUGACAUCGGCGACGGGAGCUCGAACUUUCAACCCAUAAUUUGGAAGAACCCCAAGGAUUGUGGGAUGGUUUGUCGGUCCAGUUUGUAUGCAUCCAGCAAUGAGUGCCUGAUAGAGAACCUAUCUCUUCCAGAGGUGAACGAGAUGGAUUUCCUGGUGUUUGAAAAUCAAGGUGCCAGCACGAGUGACCUGAUGAGGUUACCAGUGCUUCCAAUCACAUUGACGUUCGUGCGCAGGAGCAUGUGGCACUUUUUGGAAUCACUGUCAAGCUCGGACAGUCCAAGAAGGUUUAUACUGAAUUCUCAAUAUCUUGCGAAGGAAUCGAAGAUCGAACGGUUGAAAUUUAAUUAAAUGAUAUGUAACAUAUCUAAAAAUCCAUUAGCAUUUAUACUAGUUUUAAACAUUUAAACAUCAAAAAUGUAAAGUAAUAAAUAAAACCACUGUAUAUAAUUUACACGUUUUACAGAAAGUGA